AUGAAUGAGCUCCGUCCCCUAGAUGUGGCCUUUCUCCGGGCAGUGCACGAAAAGGUCAACAUCAUCCCAGUCAUUGCCAAAGCAGAUGCCCUGAUGCCUAAGGAAACCCAGGCCCUCAAGCAGAGGAUCCGGGACCAGUUGAAGGAGGAGGAGAUCAACAUCUACCAGUUUCCCGAUUGUGACUCUGAUGAGGACGAAGACUUCAAGAGGCAGGAUGCAGAGAUGAAGGAAAGCAUCCCUUUCGCAGUCGUCGGUUCCUGCGAGGUAGUGAGGGACGGUGGGACCCGUCCAGUGAGGGGACGCCGCUACUCCUGGGGUACUGUGGAGGUGGAGAACCCACAUCACUGCGAUUUCCUGAACCUGCGACGGAUGCUGGUGCAGACACACCUACAGGACCUGAAGGAGGUGACCCACGAUAUUCUCUAUGAGGGCUACCGGGCCAGCUGCCUACAAAGCCUGGCCCGGCCUGGGGCGCGUGAUCGAGCCAGCCGCUCUGAGCUGUCAGCA